CACUGACAGGAGUUGCAGGCACCUUGUGUGGUCGCCCUUUCGACGCCGCGUGUAGUUCUGUUGGAGUUUGGUGGAAUACUGAGGUGUUGCUGUUCGGAUUAUAGUACGCAGAGAGACAUUGAAAUGCUGUAUUCCUCGCUGUCUUUUGCAAAUGUGCUGUACGUGUGCGUAACCUGUAAGCAAUACGAAUAGGCACCAAGAAAGGUUUUUCAAACGGGCAAACAGAAACUUGUUCCUUGCAGACACCUAACUAGUGUACAGAAUGUACUAAAAUUGCGACAGCCAAUAUAAAACUCAGUACACAUGCUCCCGAAACCUGGCACUGCUGGCAGUUCAUCUUAUAAGUCCUCUGCUGACCUAAAAAUUUCCGACUUCACAAACGCUUAGAAGUGAGCGGUUUUUGCACUUCUAUGCGGAUCGCAUCUGUUGUUGUCACGUGUAGACAAGUUCCGGGCACGCCUUCUAUACCCUCGAACGUGUCACCCUUGCACUCUGUCAUGUGCUUUCCUAUGGCAGCGAUAAUCACACGUCCCCAUUGCACAAGUAGAUCACGAUGCCACCAGUGGGCAAAAGGCUCCAAAGACCCAGACUGGACAGGCAGUUUCUGAGAAGAUUUUGUAACAUUCAGAAAAUACUUUUUCCAUCAUGGACGUCUCAAAAUGUGCUGAUGUUUGCAACUCUCCUUUUUGUUACUUUAUGUGAACAGAUGAUUAUUUACCAGGUGGGAAUAAUUCCAAGCAAGUUUUAUGGAGUCCUGGCUGACAAGGAUUUUACUGGCUUUAAGAACUUGACUCUGCUUGCUGUGCUCCUCAUUUUUAUGAAUUCAACUCUCAAAAGCAUGGACCAGUACAUUUCCAAUCUGAUGUAUGUCAGCUGGCGGAAGAGUCUAACCCAGUGUCUUCAUCGGCAUUAUUUUCAGGAUCGAGUUUACUACAUACUCAAUGUUCUGCACAAAGACAUUGAUAACCCAGACCAGAGAAUAAGUCAGGAUGUGGAACGCUUUUGCAAACAACUGAGCACGAUGGCUAGUAGGCUGAUCAUCUCACCCUUCACACUGGCAUACUAUACAUUUCAGUGUUUCUAUAGUUCAGGCUGGAUGGGUCCAGUUAGUAUUUUCUUCUAUUUUGUCAUUGGGACCAUUGUGAACAAGGUAUUGAUGGGACCAAUUGUGCACACAUUAGUACUUCAAGAAAAACUAGAGGGAGACUUCAGGUUUAAGCAUAUGCAGAUCCGGGUCAAUGCAGAAUCGGCAGCCUUUUACAGGGCUGGAAAAGUAGAACAUAUGAGGACCAACAGGCGGCUUGGAUCCCUCCUGGAAACGCAAAAAAAUCUAAUGACAAAAGAGCUUUGGCUGUGCAUUGGAGUGAAUACAUUUGAUUAUUUUGGAAGUAUUCUGAGUUACAUGGUUAUUGCUAUUCCAAUAUUUGCUGGGGUCUAUGAUGGCCUCACUCCUGGAGAGCUCAGCACUUUAAUUAGUAAGAAUGGUUUUGUCUCCAUCUACCUCAUUAACUGUUUCAGUCAACUGAUUGAUUUGUCUUCUACAGUAUCAGAUGUUGCUGGCUACACACACAGGAUUGGAGAGCUUCAUGAAACUAUGCAGAAACUUGAAAGGAAGCAUUAUGACUCAUCAGAAGGAGGCUAUGACUUAGAUAGUGACUUGGAGUUGCCAAACACUCCUGUAGACAUUGCUUUUAUCCUUCAGAAACUGUCAUACAAAUCCCCCUGCUCCGAUGAGCUGCUAGUAAAAGACCUGACUCUGAAAAUUGUCCAUGGAACCAACAUUCUGGUGGUGGGCAAUACGGGCACUGGGAAGACAUCCCUGUUGCGAGUUCUGAAUAAACUCUGGGACUGCACUAGUGGGUCUUUUCAGAUGCUGUCCUCUUUUGGACCUCAUGGAAUCUUAUUCCUGCCCCAGAAACCAUAUUUUACAGAUGGGACACUACGAGAACAGGUCAUAUAUCCAUUGAAGAAUGUAUAUCCUGUGUCAGGUUCCAUCGAUGAUGCAAGAAUUAUACGUUUUUUGGAGCUUGCUGGUGUGGGUAACCUUUUAAAAAGAACAGGAGGACUGGACCAAAUAGUUGACUGGAACUGGUAUGAUAUGCUUUCUCCAGGAGAAAUGCAGAGGCUGUCUUUUGCACGACUGUUUUAUCUGCAGCCCAGAUUUGCAGUCCUUGAUGAGGCAACGAGUGCUUUGACAGAGGAGGUAGAAGAGCACUUAUAUAGAACCUGUAUUCAGCUUGGAAUGACCUUAAUCAGUCUUGGCCACCGCAGCAGCCUGAAAAAGUUUCACGACUUGAUGUUGAAGCUCUGUGGUAAUGGAGAAUGGCAGCUUAAGAAAAUUGAAAAGGACUUAAGCUAACAUCUUUUCUAACAUCCUGCACUACCUGUUCAGAAAACUUUUGGAAACAACUGUGGUGUCUUUGAGGUGCCAUACUAUUUUUAAAACUCCUGCAGUGAUGUUUUCUACACAAAAGUUAUUCCAUGUUGAGCACAGCUUCAGUGCCACAUUUUAACUGAAAGAAAUGAAUGAUCUGUAACUUCAGGCUAGCCUGGAAAUUGAAGGUUGUGUAUACAGGUUUGCUCAGCACUGCAUAGUCAAGAAAAAUGUGACUGCUCAUGACAUUGCAGAAUACACUACAGUCUGUACAUACUGUCGGACAGCAAUCACACUUGAACAGUAAAGAAAUUUUUCUUUCAUUAACAGCUGUGCAUCAAAGAACAAGAUCUUAAGUGCAUUAAUCAUCUAGAAAUUCUGAGACUUUGUGAUAAACCAAAAGGAGAAGAAACAAGAAUAGAAUCCAAAGGGAAACUCAAAAUCCAGUAGCCCAAGUUUUAAUUUUAGACAUUUGGUAUUCUAAGAUAGCUUUUACUGGGUAAGUGAACAUUGUAAGGCCAUUUCUGUUGUUUCCCCGUGUAGUAAAGCUGAAUCUAAUGGGAGAUGUUUGGUGAUCUUUUAUACUUGAGGUGGCCAUCCUAACUGAGGCUGUUAACUGGGAGCCAUUGUCUGAGCUGAGCAUGGUGUGAUUCAGUGUAGCUGCCUAGUCUGGGCCCAAUUGCCCUGUAUCAUGAGUGUUUUUAAAAAAUUUUAAUAUACCAAAAACAUAAAGCAAACACAAUAUAUUUUGGUGAUGUGAACAUGUUCCAACAUGACUGAUCCAGAGAAUGUUUGGAAAACUGCAAUACCUGUAUUAACAUUUACCUCAUGGUUGUCUUGGAAUAGACAUGAGCGGAUCAAUGGAGUAAAUCAUGCACUGUUUAUUCUCAUCUCAUGUGUAGAAACAUAAGACAUCAGCAAUAGUAAUAUAUGCUUCUGAAGAGGGGCAGUCUCUCACAAAGCUUAUAUAGUUACAGCAAGUACACUAUGGGUGGGGGAACUUGUUUUAGUUUAUAGUAUAUGUUGAAAUUAAAGAAACACAGGCUGUCUGCUGAUUAUAUAGAGUAGACCUUUCAGGUAAAUUUUAAUAUUUUUAGUUAAAAAUAAAACCACCGUACAUUCUUUUUGUUCUGACCCCCAUUCCAUGUCUUUCCAUGCUGCACCUAUACACAUAUACGUAUAUUUAUUCAACAUGGUGCACAGUAUUGGAGCAUCCCUGGUCAUAAAUAAACAAUUUACAUUUGCUAGAUACAUUUGGAAUACAAGUUGCCAACAACUACUGAAUUCAGUGUUAAAUUUAGGGAUAUGAUAAUCUUUUUAUUCAAUUAGCAUUUGAUUCAGCUGAGGCUUAUUUUUUUAAGCCCGGCAAUGAAACGGGAUGUUACUUUCAUUUAAUGAUGUCUCACAGGACCUGCACAGAUAAUGGCCUCAUCUUUGUUACCUCAUAAUGACAAAUCCUACUCAUUAAUUAGCUCUAUUGCUGAUUUAGUGCCAAGAUUUCCUCUCUAUAAUUUGGCAAGAGCAAUAUGAUAGAACUCCACUGUGUCAUUUGCUGGAGCAUCUUUGAGGAGAUUUUUUUCAUAAUGUUGAAAAAUGUAGCAUUUUUAAACUUUAUCCUUUUAUACACUUUCCCUUGAAGCAUUUACAAAAACAUUUUCUACAUUGUAAAACUUGACCUACUGUGGAUUUGUUUUUCAUAAAACAUACAUUUGCACUCAAACAAAGGAAAAUUCAAACAAUUAUAAGAAAAAGGAGUGCUUAAAUAAUUUAAUAAUUUGUUUUAUUUUGAGUAGAAGAUUAAUAUGGUAACUUUAUAAAACAAAGUAUUGACAUUUGGGAGCAAAUGAAGGAAAUAAUAGAAUAACUUCCAAGUCAUUAAUACUGUAUUAAAACUGAAACCUUGAAUCAUGAGUAAACUUACAUAUUUAGUUGUAGCUGUGAUUUAGUUAUUAUUUUACCAGCCCAUUAUCAUGAAAAAUACAAUUGGCAGUCCCUUAGUUAUUUAGAAUUUAGGGCUACCCUCUAAGACUUUAAAGAUCCUGAAGCCUAGAAUCCAGUUAUUUUAUCUGUUUUCUGUAAUAUUUGAAUCGUUUGAGGCCUGAAAUUGCAGACCUUGGAAACUUCUGUUCUCCAUAAAGAUGAUAUUAAGCUCUUCAGGGAUUCUCUAAUGGUGCAGAAGUCUAUAACCUUAAGACUUUAAGUGCCUUUGUAUUUUGUAAACAAUAGAAUCCAAAAUUUUUCUGCAGGUAUUCUGACAUGGUGGAAGAUUCUGUUAUCUUCAUGAUAUAGAGUCGAUAUACUACAGCAGGAACCUUUGUCUUCAUUCAGAGAUUGAGCGUUUGUGGACCCAGAUGAUUUGAACUAUAGUUGAGGUUGUCUCCAUUUAAGUACCAGUUCUUGAACCUUCAAAAGUAUUUGUAUACCAUGAGGUCUAAAAUCUUUAUUCUUUGUAAACUGGAAACUUCAAAAUCCUAUUCAUCCUGGACAACUAAAGUAGAAAUUGCCUUUGUAAAAUCUGGGAUUGGACGUUUAGGUAGACUCUGCAGUCAUCUAGCAAUUUUAGUUAUAAACUGUAGUAGCCAAUGAAGUGCUGACUAGAAGUUUUUUGCUCUUCAUGUAAAAUUUCCAGAGACAUCUGUAAUCUGUGUUUUAAACCUUGAGCACUAGAAAUCAAUACAGUGAUUCUACUUAAACUAUCAUUUUGUAUUUAGAAGGUUAGUGAAUUCUCCUUACUGUGUUCCAUCUUACAACAAAGUUUUCAACUUCUUGCAAUUGUCCAAGACUCUUUCUAUUCUUGAUUUUCCUUCCCUGGUCUUCUGCUCACCAAUACACUACUGUUUAUAUAUUUAUAGUUAGAAAGCAUACAAUAUCUUUUUUGUUUGUGCCAGGAGCUGGGCAAAUCUGAUUCUGGCAGGU